CUUCAGUUGAUUCACAUCUCGGAGCGGAUAUUACUUAAUAUUAUAUAAAUUAAAAUAUAAAUUUGCAAAGCACAGAAUUUUCAAGGUUUUCUUAACAAAACAAUGGAUUUCAACAAGCGACAGAACAUGGAGGAGGUGGUGCGCAUCGGAGGCAAAGGAUCUAUGCGCCGCAAGCAUAAGAGAAUCCCAUCAGUAGCUGCGGUCGAUGAGAAGCGCGUGCAGGCGACAUUGGCCAAGAUACCGUUAAAGAAUAUCAGCGGAAUCCAUGAGUUGACCAUCGAGUUCACCGAUUCCAGUGAGGUUGUGGUAGUCAUGCCCAAGGUUCAGGGCAUCUCUGCCAAUGGUUUGUUAGUUGUUAAUGGCGAUUUCGUGCGCAAAUCGUCAACAGCUGGCCCAUCGAAAAUGGCCAAAGCAGCCAAGGCACCCAAGGCACCCAAGGCACCCAAGGCACCCAAGACACCCAUGGCACCCAUGGCACCCAUGGCACCCAUGGCACCCAUGACACCCAAGCCGGAAGCUUUUUCCGUCAAAAAGCCAGAAUCAGAGGAAACCAUUAAGGUGGUGGCCAAGAAGCCCAAGAAGCUGCGCAAUCGUGUUCGUCCUCGCAACAAGAAGGUCCAAAUGAUGCUCUCUAAAAACAAUGAGGAAGCAGCCAUGGCUGGCGGGGAUUCGGAGCCGAAGCUUAGCAAUGGUAAAUCAAUUUUGAUCUCCUCUGAAGAUGGUAGCGAUCCGGAUAAUGAGAAGGUGCCAUCGGAUGAGUCUGAUGUGGAUCGGACCGUCGUCUGCGACAAAGAUUCGCUGGGAAGUUUCGGCGAUGAUUCCGACGGCAAGGAGGACGAUGACAGUAAGGAGUCGAUUUACCUAUCUUUCUACUCCGAUGGCUAUGAUUCCUAGGCGGAGCAGCUCAAUCCGAAGACUUAACGCGCUCAGGUCUCCGAGGACGAAGAUUAGACAUAUUCAUAUGUUGCUAGAUUUGUACCAAUUUGCUAAAUAAAUCGCAUACUAUUAACGU